GGGGAAGAGGGAGGGGGAAACCAGCAGCACAAGACAGCGCGGUAGGGUCUGGGGACCAGCUGGCGGGAGGACUCGGCAACUCCCUGAACUAGAGGCACUGCGGAGUGUGGGCGCCGAGAAGAGCGACUCAGACCCUGCGGACCGUGCGGAGGUCGGCGGCCGGACAGGCAGGUAUGCACACCAGCUGAGGUCCAAGAUAUGUGGCGAUGACAUGUGAUGGGUUAAAUGACCUUUGAGGAGGGAAGAGACCAGGUGGCUGGAACAGACAGAAGAGGCUUCAGCAAGAACAGGGCUAAGAAGUGGUGGAAAUCGCGUGGCUUCCUACACUGCAAGCCAUGGCCCUGCCAUUCCGGAAGGACUUAGGGGAGUAUAAGGACCUGGAUGAGGAUGAGCUCCUUGGCAACCUGUCAGAAACAGAGCUGAAACAGCUCGAAACUGUCCUGGAUGAUCUGGACCCUGAGAAUGCCCUUCUGCCUGCAGGGUUCCGCCAGAAGAACCAGACAUCCAAGUCUGCCACGGGACCCUUUGAUAGAGAGCGUCUCCUUUCUUACCUAGAGAAGGAAGCAUUGGAGCACAAAGACCGGGAAGACUACGUGCCCUACACUGGAGAGAAAAAAGGGAAAAUUUUUAUCCCCAAACAGAAGCCGGUACAGACUUUUACAGAAGAAACUAUAUCCCUUGAUCCAGAAUUAGAAGAAGCUUUGACGAGUGCAUCUGACACAGAACUGUGUGACCUUGCAGCUAUUCUUGGGAUGCACAAUCUGAUAACAAACACACAGCUCUGCAGUGUGAUGGGAAGUAGUAAUGGUGUGGACCAAGAGCAUUUCUCAAAUGUGGUAAAAGGUGAAAAGAUUUUCCCAGUGUUUGAUGAGCCACCGAAUCCAACCAACGUUGAAGAGACUUUAAAGAGAAUUAAGGAAAAUGAUGCCCGUCUUGUUGAAGUCAAUUUGAAUAAUAUAAAAAAUAUCCCAAUUCCAACUCUAAAAGAUUUUGCGAAGACUUUGGAAACCAACACACACGUGAAACAUUUCAGUCUUGCAGCCACCAGGAGCAAUGACCCCGUUGCUGUUGCUUUUGCAGAUAUGCUGAGAGUAAACAAAACUUUGAAGAGUUUAAAUAUGGAAUCCAACUUCAUCACAGGCAAUGGAGUUUUAGCACUAAUUGAUGCUUUGAGAGAUAACGAGACCCUGACAGAGCUCAAGAUUGACAAUCAGAGACAGCAGUUGGGCACCGCAGUAGAACUAGAAAUGGCCAAGAUGCUUGAGGAAAAUACGAAUAUCCUUAAAUUUGGGUAUCAGUUCACGCAGCAGGGACCCCGAACCAGGGCAGCCAAUGCUAUAACGAAAAACAAUGAUUUAGUGCGCAAAAGGCGAAUUGAAGGAGACCACCAGUGAGCACGCCGAGUGUGGCCUACAGAAGACUGCCGAUCGCCAAAGGCUCGUGUUGGUGGCCGCAGAUGUAAAAACUUCCUGGGUAGAAGGGAAAAGACUGGAAAUCUUUUUUUUAACUAUAUGCAUUACUUUCCUAGCUUAAGAUAUUAUGUUUGAUUUGUAAAAUCAGUAAAAGAUAAUAUUUUGUAUUUGUAGCAUUUCUACUGAAAUCAGUAUAAUUUAGUUUAAUGGAAUGAUUUAUAAUGAUUUUUAGAUAAAAACACAAUUGUAGAAAGUUUCAGAAGUCAUGUUAAGAAUAAUCUGAACAUCUUGAGGACCAAUCUUUUUAAAUCGAAAGGGACGUUGCUGACUCAAUGCUAAUGUUGCCUCUUGUACAUAAAGGGUAAGGCGCAUGGCGGUUUCCUUUGUAAAAAUCCAUGAAUUUGGCAAGAGUGUGUUUUUUUCCUUAUUAGGGAAAUAAAAGGUCAGAAUUUUAAA